GCCACUCGGUACAACUAAUAAGGAUCGCGAUCUAGCAGGCGAUCCCACUGUGACUUUUAUUUCCAAGUCCUGGAAUCCGGAAUCACACUGAUCGUAAUCACACAUGGAUUAUACUCUUUUCGCUGCUUUUUGUUUUUUUCUGCCUUAGAGGAAACUUUAUCACCAACUGUGGGACUGCUUCUCGUGUCAGAGCCAUGAUUUGCUUGUUAAAAUGGACUGCUUUCGUUUGGACUGUAAAUUUCAUUCCUUGCACUUUUGGAAUGGCAGUGAGUGAACGAACAGAUGGCUCAUGUCCCCCUCUGAGCGUAGAGGAGCACAGGUUUUCUGAUAUCUUGGAUCGUCCCCUGGAUAUCACAGGAUUUGAUCUCACGGAAAAGUUUCUUCUCCGAAAGGGAACAAUCACAGAGGACUUGUCGUCCUUUCGUUUGGGAAGCAGCCCGCUCAUUAAGCCAACAAAAGAAAUAUUUCCAAAUGGACUUUCAAGUGAAUACUCCCUCGUUACCAUCUUCCGGGUAAGAAGAACUACAAAAAAAGACCGCUGGUAUCUUUGGCAGAUAUUCGACCAGUCAGGAGGCAGUCAGGUAUCUGUUGUGGUUGAUGGUGGCAAGAAGGCGGUAGAGUUUUCUUCCCAGGGUCAGCUAAAGAACGCUCUCCGCUACACAUUUAAGAGCCGUGACCUACAUGACCUUUUUGAUCGCCAGUGGCACAAGCUGAGUAUUUCUGUCCAGAGCAACAUUGUCUCCAUUUAUUUGGACUGCAAGCUAAUAGAAAGGAGGCUCACUGAUGAGAAAGACAGCGUCGACUCCAGCGGGCGCACUCUCAUCACCACACGAGUGGAGGAUGGACGACCCGUAGAUAUUGAAGUGAAACAAAUUAUAAUCUACUGUGAUCCUUAUAUGGCCGAAAUGGAAAAUUGCUGUGAGCUACUGGAGCCAAAGUGUGAAGCCAAGAAGACCUUUAAUGGGACUUCCCCUCCCCUGGUUACAGCCCAGCUCCCCCAGAUGCUGUCUCAGCCGUCCUCAAAGUCAAUUGACAGAUGUCACUGUCCAGCUGAAAAGGGAGAUGCUGGUCUUGCAGGUGUAGUUGGACUUUCAGGAGAAAAGGGGGAUACAGGAGACAAGGGGGAUACAGGGGAGCCUGGGCUUUCAGGAAAUGCGGGACAUAAGGGUCUGAAAGGUGACUCAGGCUCAGUUGGUCCGAAAGGAAACAAAGGUGAUGUGGGUCUGCCUGGAGCUCAGGGCCUUCCCUCUGACAAAGAAUGUUUCAAAGGAGAGCAGGGCCCUCCAGGAGAGAAGGGAUUGGCCGGGGUGCCAGGGGAACAAGGCAAAGAGGGCAAAAGGGGACGGAGAGGAAAGACCGGGGAGCCUGGACUCAGAGGCCUGCCUGUGGAGGGGGGUGAGUCUGCAGUCCCGGGGGGGACUAGGGAGAAAGGAGAGAGAGGAGACCCUGGUCAGCUAGGUGCUGAGGGGGCCAGCGGGAUGAAAGGACAAAAAGGUGAUGUUGGCUCUCCUGGUCCUCCUGGUCCUGUGAUGACCGCUCACGGAUUAAGACAGCUCUCUGGAACUGAUGAAAUGAAGGAGGACACGAUCCAAACGGGAGAAAAGGGAGCUGAGGGGGAGCGAGGAGCUCCAGGGCUGCAAGGCUUCAAGGGAACCAUCGGGCCGUCGGGACUAAAAGGAGAUCAAGGACCGGAGGGCAAGCAAGGCCUGCCUGGACUCACAGGACUCCCAGGCGAGCCAGGCUCGCCAGGGGAGUCAGGGGUGUCUGGAAGAAAUGGCCUGAAAGGAGAAAAGGGGGACUUUGGUGCAGUGAUAGGGCCACAGGGACCUAAGGGUGAGCCUGGAGUUGGAUAUAUGAGCGAUGGGUUGUCUCUAAGCAGAGGGUCUCGCGGGCCCAAGGGGGAGAGAGGUGUCCCAGGAUUGCCAGGAGACCAUGCUGAAAAAGGCGAACCUGGGGAGAAUAUCAUAGGCUCGCCUGGCCGCAUGGGACCGUCGGGAAAGCCGGGUAUUGAGGGCCCUCGCGGACCACCAGGUUUAUCUGGCCCUCCUGGAGCUCCAGGAAGAGAGGGCUCCUCUGGUAGGCCAGGCCUCCCGGGACCUGCUGGACCCCCAGGUGAACCUACUGCCCUGCCAAUUGUUGGAGACAUGAGUGCAUUACUCAAGAACGCCUGCAGUGUGUGCCAGACGAGAGUCCCAGGGCUUCCUGGGCAGAAGGGAGAGAAGGGGUCCAAUGGAGCGCAAGGAGUAGAAGGCAUGGUGGGAGAAAAGGGGGAUCCUGGUGUAAGAGGUCCCAUGGGUAACCCUGGGAAAGAAGGCCCAAAGGGAGUCAAAGGAGAGAGAGGGUUCCCAGGCCCAACGGGAGAUAAAGGUGAUGAGGGGCCUUUAGGAGUAUCAGGACUUCCUGGUGUGACCGGUCGUACAGGGUCCCCGGGGCUUAUGGGUAGACCCGGGCCAAUGGGCCAACUAGGCGGAAAAGGAGAAAGAGGGAACGAAGGAUCCCCGGGCAUACCAGGGCUUCCAGGGCCUCCGGGUGUACCCUACGUGGAGGGCAACGGGAUGAGCGCUCUGUACAAGCUGCAGAGCAGUGGAGCUAUUUUGGGAACCCCUGGAGCUCCUGGUGCUCCGGGUUCCAAAGGAGAUAAAGGAUUUGCAGGUGAUCCAGGGGCCAUGGGAUUACCCGGGCUUGAAGGGCUACCCGGUGCCAAGGGUGAUAUUGGUUUGACAGGUCCACCUGGGAUGCUUGGUCUUGCAGGGAAGCCCGGCACUCCAGGAGAGUCAGGGAUCCCAGGAGAUUCGGGUGAGAGGGGGCCGCUCGGAGAGACAGGAUUCCCAGGGCCCGAGGGACCCCAAGGUGUUGCUGGGAGACCUGGAAAAGAUGGAACUCCUGGAUACGAGGGAUCUACAGGUACAUCAGGGGACAGAGGAUCCAAAGGAGAACGUGGUGAUCCGGGGAUUCCUGGAGAAAGAGGUGUUCAAGGCGAGAGGGGUCGUGGAGGAGACGCUGGCCCGUUUGGACAGAUCGGAUCACCGGGCCAAAAAGGAGAUACUGGCUCUCCGGGACAUUUGGAGAAUUUAAACCUCUUGGGUGAUCCUGGCUUCAUGGAAGAACUUAAAAUGUUCAUCAGAAAUGAAGUAUUGAGGGUCUUCGAAGACAAGCUAUCGAGCGCUGCUAUGCCACAGAAGACGCAUGCAGGGAUCUUGGCUUCACAAGUCCACGGGCCUUCAGGACCUCCUGGAAAGGACGGGUUACCAGGACCUCCAGGAGAGCCUGGUCCUCAUGGUCCUCAUGACUGAGGGGCGGGAAGCAGAGGAAAGGCCAGGAGUGUGGUGUACAGCGGCUCUCGGGGAAAUAUGAAGACAAACGAAGAAUUGGCUGUGAAUAAGAGAAAGCAUUAUCAAUGUGGACAGGAAAGAGCCCCAGUAUUGAUACCUCACUCCAGGAGAGAAAGCCUCUAAAGUAGAAAAGGAGCAUAGUUAGGAAAAAGGGUGGAUGUUCUUUAUCAGACUGAUACAACAUUCUGACAGCUACAGCACUAAUGGUUUGCUGGUCAGUCUUUAUACCUCAAGCUUGCUUAGAAUUGUAUUGUGUCCGCAGCAGAACUACGGUGUCUUAACUUUUGAAGAGAGGGAGUGUGUUACGUUGUUGGUGCGGAUCAAAGCACCACUGCAUUGGCCUUUUUUUCUCUUUGAGCUUUGUAUCUACCUCACAUUAUUCAAGACCACUUUAACCCACUGCUAUAUGAUAAAAGGCUGCUUUCAUUCAUGAAUAAUGUAGUAAAAGUAGGCAACUACUCGACUAUAAAUAUACGUGCUGUGGUAAUGCCCUUUGCAUUGCACAUGUCUUUGAUUUUGUUCAGCUUGUUUAAUUUUUUUAUGCUUCCAAAGAGUGUUUUAUAGGUGAUUCAUAAUGUAGCUUUGCAAUAAAUAUGUAUUGAAAACAAAGAGGAAAGUUUUUUUCCCUUGAUAAAUCAAAAAUUCAACAACUUCUUAAUUUUUCUUUCUUUGUUGAUUUGUGCCUGCACUCAGCUGGGGAGAGAGUUCGGGGUAAUAUUUCCUCAUUAUUUCUCGUCAUCCUCGACUGGAGACUAUGCUCCUCUGAAAUAUCCAACUUGACUUCUUCUCCAAUAUGCCGAAAUGAAUUGUUUAUGGAG